CAAACUUCCACGCGUCCGCGUGCUUGCCGUUGCAAUAUUCAAUCAUAAGCAGAUGCAGGCUUGGAGACUAGUAAGAGUGUCAAUCUUUUUUGUUUUGAUGAUUUUGUCUGAUUUGUGAUGUGUAUGUUGGAGCGUAACCUCACUUCUAAGGUUUAUCUAUGGAUAAGGGCAAAUUAUUAAAGUAAGCAAUGAAUUAUUAAAGAACAUAAAAAAAAAGAGGAAGGACAACAUUUUCGGGAUAUAAAGUUCAGAUUUUAGUGUUGAAAAAGGGCAACUCUUUCUUCUUCAUCGUCACUCUAAUUGAGUUGACUUAACGCAGUCCGAGUUUGAAGUAUUGGUUUUAGAGAAUGGAUCUUGCCAAGUUUCUAUGUUGGGCUGUUUUGCUUCUGGGAAUCUCACUCGUAGAAUCAAGGUACAUGGUCUACAACACUUCACACACCAUGGUUCCUGGAAAACUUAACGUCCAUGUGGUUCCUCAUUCCCACGAUGAUGUUGGUUGGCUCAAGACUGUUGACCAGUACUAUGUCGGCUCUAACAACUCAAUCCAGGUGGCUUGUGUUCAAAAUGUGCUGGAUUCACUUGUUCCUGCGUUGCUGGCUGAUAAGAAUCGCAAGUUCAUUUAUGUAGAACAGGCGUUUUUUCAGCGAUGGUGGAGAGAACAAAGUGAUGAAAUCAAGCUUAUUGUGAAGCAACUUAUAAGCUCAGGCCAACUAGAGCUCAUAAAUGGUGGUAUGUGCAUGCAUGAUGAAGCGGCACCACACUAUAUAGACAUGAUCGAUCAGACAACCCUCGGGCAUCGAUUCAUUAUCAGAGAGUUCAAUGUGACUCCAAGAAUCGGUUGGCAGAUUGAUCCUUUUGGACAUUCUGCAGUGCAGGCUUACUUGCUAGGCGCAGAAGUUGGGUUCGACUCAGUCUUUUUUGGUCGGAUAGAUUACCAAGAUAGGGAGAAGCGUUUUAAGGAGAAGAGUCUUGAAGUUAUCUGGCGGGGCUCUAAGAGUCUCGGUUCUUCUUCACAGAUUUUUGCUGGUGCUUUCCCUAAGAACUACGAGCCUCCACCUGGUGGCUUCUACUAUGAAAUCACAGAUGAUUCCCCCGUUGUCCAAGAUGAUCCGGACCUGUUUGAUUACAAUGUUCAAGAGCGAGUGAAUGCCUUUGUAGCUGCAGCUUUGGAUCAGGCCAACAUUACUCGAACGGAUCACAUCAUGUUUACCAUGGGAACAGAUUUCAGAUACCAGUAUGCACACACCUGGUUUCGACAAAUGGACAAGCUUCUUCACUAUGUUAACCUCGACGGGCGUAUCAAUGCUCUCUACUCUACUCCUUCCAUAUAUACAGAUGCAAAAUACGCGGCGAAUGAGGCUUGGCCCCUAAAAACAGAGGACUAUUUCCCUUACGCAGACCGUAUAAAUGCUUACUGGACUGGUUAUUUUACAAGUAGGCCAGCACUUAAGCGUUAUGUCAGAGUGAUGAGUGCCUACUACUUGGCGGCUAGGCAACUCGAGUUUUUCAAAGGGAGAAGUGAGAAGGGUCCGAAUACAGAUUCUUUAGCAGAUGCCCUAGCAAUUGCUCAACAUCACGACGCUGUUUCUGGUACAUCAAAACAGCACGUGGCUGAUGAUUAUGCGAAAAGACUAGCAAUAGGCUAUGUGGAGGCUGAGAGUGUUGUUGCCACUUCUCUUGCUCAUCUGACGAAAGUAGAUAAUGCCCUGACUCCAACCUUCCAACAGGCAAACAAUCUCCUUUCUUAUACUUUGGCCUUUCUUGUUUCAGUGUUUGCUGCUGAACAUAAGUUACUGCCCCGCAAGCGAAAUCAACUUAUCCGGCGGGAAAAGUUUGGUAAGCAGAAAGCUAUUAUCGUAUUGGCUUAUAACUCACUUGGAUGGAAGCGAGUGGACAUUGUCCGGCUUCCUGUUGUGAGCGGAAACAUUGCGGUGCAUGACUCCGAGGGACACGAAGUUGAGUCCCAACUCAUUCCAUUCACAGAUGAAUAUGCGGCCUUAAGGAACUAUCAUGUAGAGGCGUACUUAGGUCAUACCCCUACACAGGCACCAAAGUAUUGGCUUGUGUUUUCGGUUUCUGUGCCUCCUCUUGGCUUCACUACUUACACUAUCUCCACUGCUAAGAAAACAGGUGGAUAUUCUAGCAAAUCAUAUGUAUCCAGAUACCCAAAAGGCGAACAAUCAGUUAUUGACAUUGGUCAUGGGCAUAUGAAGCUUAGUUUUUCUACUGAUCAAGGGACAGCAAUCAGUUAUUUCAACAGCAGAACCUCGAUGACAGAACCACUCACACAGACAUUUAGCUACUACUCUUCAUACAAUGGAUCAAAUGACAAAGAACCUCAGAACUCGGGUGCGUAUGUUUUCCGUCCAAAUGGCACAUUCCCCAUCAAACCGGAAGGACAGGUUCCUUUGACUGUUGUACGUGGGCCACUGGUGGAUGAAGUUCAUCAACGGAUAAAUCCAUGGAUAUCUCAGGUCACUAGAGUUUACAAGGGCAAGGAGCAUGUGGAAGUUGAAUUUAUUGUUGGUAAUAUACCGAUUAAAGAUGGAGUCGGCAAAGAAGUCGUAACCCAGAUCUCAAGUUCUCUGAAAAGCAAUAAAACUUUCUACACAGAUUCAAGUGGACGUGAUUAUAUCAAAAGGGUCCGUGAUUAUAGGUCAGACUGGAAACUACAAGUCAACCAACCUGUUGCAGGAAAUUACUAUCCGAUAAAUCAUGGAAUUUACCUGCAAGACAGUAAGAAGGAAUUCUCAGUGAUGGUGGACAGAGCGAUUGGCGGGUCGAGCAUAGUGGACGGACAAGUUGAGCUUAUGCUUCAUAGGAGACUGCUCCUUGAUGACUCCAGAGGUGUAGCGGAGGCUCUAAACGAGACAGUGUGUGUUCAAGACAAGUGUACUGGACUAACUAUCCAAGGAAAAUAUUACUAUAGAAUCGAUCCAUAUGGUGAAGGCGCAAAAUGGCGACGAACUUUUGGACAAGAGAUCUACUCGCCACUCCUCUUGGCCUUUGCUCAACAGGAUGAUGGAAAGCCGUUGAGUUUUGGUGCCGCAUCGUUCUCUGGGAUUGAUUCAUCCUACAGUUUGCCUGACAAUGUCGCACUUCUGACUCUGCAGGAACUGGACGAUGGAAACGUGCUCUUGCGUCUAGCUCAUCUUUAUGAGGUGGGAGAGGACAAGGAACUCUCAGGAGUCGCAAGCGUGGAACUGAAGAAGCUGUUUCCUGGAAAAAAGAUAGCGAAAGUGACGGAGAUGAGCCUAUCAGCAAAUCAAGAAAGAAGUGCGAUGGAGAAGAAGAGGUUGGUGUGGAAGGUAGAAGGUGAAGGAACUGAUGGAGAAGUGAAGAAGGCGAAGAGAGGUAAAGAAAUCGAUCCAAGAAAGCUGGAGAUGGAGCUUUACCCGAUGGAGAUUAGGACCGUGUUGAUCCGCUUGGAGCAUUCACCUUCUCACUUCCACAAAUACAGAUUCGAUGCCUGAGGUCCAAGCAAAGCCUAAUUAAGGAAUAAGUAAGUUUUAAGCAUAAGAGUCUCAUAUCUCCUUCCUCUUGUGUUUUCAUUUCAGACGCUUAUUAAUUUAAUAAAAGGUGAGUUUGAGUCUUGCAUCGAGUUCCACAUAACUUCCCAUUAUGCUAUCAACAAAGAUAAACUGACUUUCUUUAUUGAUAAAUGAUGGAACUGAUUAUAAUUAACAUUUACACAUGGCACGGAACCACGAUCGUUUGUUUGAAUUCGUAGAAAUACGGGUCGUCCAAGUUGUGGCAUUCAGACAAAAACAGUAGAAGAAGACAUGAAAGUUUGAGGAAAUCAAGAAAAAUUGUUGCUGCAAAACAAAAGAGAAAAGAAAGAAGCUACGUUCUUCGCCUGGCUGUGGCGGUAGAAGAGGAGGCAGUGUUGCCUUCGAAAAGCUCGUCGAUGAGAUCCUCAAUGUCCUCAGGCUGGUACUUGAUAUACUUCUCGGUCUGGCGACCAGGAUCCAAGUACUGUCCAAACCUGGCCAUGAAGGCUCUGUAGGCAGGUAUCAUGACCGCUGUUAUAGAGACCCUUAGCUCGCUCUGUAGCUGCUCGUCAUUGACCACCCACGUGGUCUGCGUCUUGUGUAUAUCGUCGAAGGUUGCGUUGAAGCUCUUGAACCUCUCCUUGAGAUUGGGCUUGACUAUCUUGCCGUUGUGCAUGAGCCCCUCGUGCCCUAAGAACCCUAGCAGCUUCCCCCACGUCUCUCUCUGGUAGUUCUUGUGGUAGUUCCUUAGCUCCGAGGACCUCCUCCUGCACCAUGUGUCACCCAUCACCUCGUGUAUCUCCGCUGAUCCUUUGAUCUUCUGCACUAUGUAUCUCCCGUUGUUCAUCAUGAAGAUGCAGCUCAGUGGUAUAUCUUUGUACUGCUUCGACUUCACCUCCAGGUUCCCGUCGAGUAGCUCCAUUAUCCUCAUCAGCUGGCUCGCAAAGGCCGAGUUCCCGCUCACCGCAGGCUCCUCCUCCUCUCGCUCCAUCUUCGAGUGGCUCUUGAACACUUGUUCCAAUGUGUCUUUGUAUUCGCACGAGUACUUGAGGUAGUUCAUGGUGUACCUUGUCAGCGGAUGCACCGCGCCACCUGGCACUGGGGUCUUGCUCGAAUCCGAUUUGAUGGAGUUCUCAAGAUCCGAGAAUAUGUGAAUUGCGGUCUCCCCUAAGUGGGAACGAGCGCUGGUCACCUCGUUCCUCAGCUCGCUGCGAAGCUCCUCUGGGAAGAGCUCUUCCAUAGCUGGAAAACUGUCCCGGAGAGUCUCAUAGAUGUCAAGGAUCUUGAAGAGCUUCUCAGUGGAGCGUUUGGUCAUGGCCACGGCCUCUGCGAAACCCAAGAACUGGAUGGCCAGACCGUGCGUGACGAUGCAGAACAAGCUCCCCUCGUCCCCUGGGAAAAUCUUCUCGGCGAGUCUGAGCUCACCGGGGAAGAAGAGGGAGGAGCAGUCCUUGAAAGUCUUGUUCCAGAUGGGGAUCUCUCUCUCCAGAGUGUCCCAGCUCAUCUUCUGCACCUCGUCGAUGCUCACUUUCUCAAACUCGCAGUCAUGUUUCAAAGUUCGCAUCAAGAUGUUCCUCCUCCCAACCAAAUAAACCUCUCUGCAUUCCCAUCCGUACCCUCCUCCUUUCAUAUUCUCAGCUAUUUUCCUCAGAACUGUAACCACCUCCUCCGAGUAACCGGGGUAUUCGAUCUCCUGAUCGCCGCAUUCCGGAACGACCAUCUGGUCGUGAUCUUGCGAGACCACCGCAUCGUUCUGGUGAUCUUGCUGAUCCGCCGUGCUCCUCCUCUGGCCGCUGCUGUCGUCCGUGACCACCACGGGCAGCUCUUUGAUGACGGAUUCUUGUAGAAGGAUGCGGAAUUCGUCUUCCAAGAAGGCCAUCGCACGCUGCUGAAUGGAUCCAGCGUGGUUGAUCAAGGGCUCAUGAUGGUCCAAACAUGAUUUGGUGUGGAGCAAAAGCCCCAUAAGCUUUGAGACACGAUCCACUGCCUCAAGAAGAGAAGACACCUCUUCGGGAUCUUGGUACCACAUCGUCUUUGGCUCACCAGAGUCGUAUUUGGAGAGUUUGUCCUCCAAGAGGUCCAAGAACUUGCCAACAAACUGUGGGAUCUGAAAGUAAUCAUUCUCUCCUUUCUCCUUGGUGCUGUCUUUGUGCUCCUCCUUGUGAAGGGAGAGGCUUGAGAGAAGCUGGUCGACUUCUUCUGACAAGGAAUCGAGGGUUUGAUGAACCUCUGGUGCUUCUUCUCCCUGUGAAUUAACCUUGUCGACAUUGUUGUCCCCUGGAUCGUGAUCUGACUCGGCAUUACCAACAUCGACACUCUCUUUACUGCUACCAUCUUGAUGCGCAUCAUCUGCCCGAUGAGCAUCUAAAACUACGUCGCAUUUCUCAUCUCCCCUGGAUUUGUCAUGAUCAUCAUGAUGGUCAGGGUCCUUGUCGUUCUUCUCCAUCGCUUGUUAUUAUUAACGUAAAGCUUUAAGAAUGGUGAAGUGUGAUUACGAUGGUGAGGAAGGAGAAAUUCAUGUGUUGUGUUUUUCGUUUAGACUUUUAGGAUUUGUGGUUAGAGAGAGGCGAUGGAGAUGGUCGCAAUGGCUGAAUCGAAGAAGUAGGGGAGCCUUGUUUUUUUGUUGGUUGACCGUUGACUUUUUCUUUCCUCCCAACACCAAUACCGUGUAAUUUCUAUUUUUAACCAAAAUCAAAUAAGAAAAAUAAAACCUCG